AACCAAUAGACAGAUGGAAGUUGAACUUGUCUUGAAAAUUUUAACUGUAUCUUUCUCCUUUAUCGUCAGCACGUUGUUCUUUCUUUGUUGGAAUUCGAUAAGAAGACAUAAAUAUUGGAAAGACAAGGGACUUAUUUAUGACACGCCUCUUCCAUUACUGGGAUCUCUACUGCCGCUGUUUACAAAACCUGCCCAUGAUGUGGAACUUGAAAGAUAUGAAAAAUACGGUAAACUUUACGGGCAUUACGAAGGGAAUAUUCCAGUUAUAUCAGUAGGAGAUCCAGGAUUAUUGAAGGACAUAUUGGUCAAGGAUUUCCAUGCUUUUACAGGACGAAGGAACUUCGAAACUGGAAAUCCAAUUGUAGAUAAAAUGGUUUCCCUUUUGAAAGGUGAAGAUUGGAAGCGCAUUCGGACUAUUAUCUCCCCCACUUUUUCUACUGGGAAAAUUAAAAAGAUGGUAGAUAUUUUCAAGGAUUGCUCGAAGACCUGUGUGAAUAAUUUUAAAGAGUUAGCAAAAGACGGGACGCCUGUUGACGUUAAGAAAUUUUACAGUGCUUUUGCAAUGGACGUUAUUGCAAGCUCGGCUUUCUCCAUCAAACUUGACUCCCAUAACGAUCCGGAAAACAAAUUUGUGAAAGCAGCACGAGAUGUUCUGACUACGAAACUCAGCUGGAGAAUCGUUAUUUUUCUUAUGUUGCCGCAGUUGAUGAGAUUUUUCAAGAUAUGUCUUUUUCCACCCAGUGGAAUUAAUUUUUUUAGAGAUGCUUCUCUGGAAAUGAUCAAGGAAAGAAAGCAAACAGGAAAGACUAAAAAUGAUCUUCUGCAACUCUUGAUGGAUACUUCAAAAGAAGUUCAAGAGCAAGAAGAAAAUCCAGUCAACGAGAGCUUGACUGCUAAUUAUGCAAAAGAAGAGGGAAAUGUUACAGCGUUUAGGAAUGUUAGUAAAAAAGCUCUUUCCCACGACGAACUCGUUGCGCAAUGCAUUAUUUUCUUUCUUGCUGGAUACGACACCACAGCGUCAACUAUUUCUUUUGUUACCUAUUUGUUGGCUCUCAAUUCGGAUGUACAGGAGAAAUUGAUUGCUGAGAUAGAUAAAGUACUCAAAAAUACUCACGGAGAAAUUACAUAUGAAGCCAUCCAGGAUAUGAGAUAUUUGGACAACGUCAUUUCCGAGACCUUGCGUCUCUACUCACCAGUAAUAAGGUUUGAAAGAUUGGCAACUGAAGAUUACCUUUUAGGAGACACGGGAAUAACCAUUCCAAAGGACAUGACUGUAAUAAUUCCUACUUAUGCUAUGCACAGAGAUCCCGCAGUUUUUCCUAAUCCAGAAAAAUUUGAUCCCGAAAGAUUCAAUUCUGAGGAGCGAGCAAAGCGGAGUCAGUACUCUUAUAUGCCUUUUGGAGCAGGUCCUAGAUAUUGUAUAGGCAUGCGAUUUGCACUCAUUCAAAUUAAGGUUUGCCUUGCUCACAUUCUCAGCAACUUUAGAAUCAAAAAAUGUCCUCAAACGCAGGUUCCUUUGGAGUUUUAUAUUGGUCAACAGCUUCUUCAACCUAAGAAUAUUAUUGUUGAAAUGGAAAUCAGAAAUAAACGGAUUGGUGCCGUCAGAAACAUGGAAGUAAUUCAACAUUUGCUCGGGCCAAUCCUCGCCCCAUUUAUUUUAGGAUUAACCACAAUAUUUUUACUCUAUUGGCUAACUACGAGGGGACACAAUUACUGGAAAGAAAGAGGAGUCGUCUACGAUGAGCCUCUCCCUUUUUUUGGAUCUCUCUGGCGAGGGUUUACAAAGCAAGCCCAAGAUGUUGAAAUAGAAAGAUAUAAGAAAUAUGGACGAAUAUAUGGGCAUUUCGAAGGAUCUCGGCCUGUUAUAUCAGUUGCAGAUCCGGCCUUGCUGAGGAACAUAAUGGUUAAAGACUUCGCAUCUUUUUCACAACGAAGAAGAUUCCUGAUUGGCGAUAAACUUUUCGACAGCAUGGUUUCUAUACUCACAGGAGAAGAUUGGAAAAGAGUUCGCACAGUUAUCACCCCUACAUUCACAACAGGAAAGAUAAAGAGGAUGGUGAAAAUUUUCAAGGAAUGUGCACAAACAUGUGUUGAUAACCACAAAGUUUACGCAGAACAAGGAAGACCUGUUGACUUAAAAAAGAUUUAUGGUGCUUUUACGAUGGACAUCAUUGCAAGCUCUGCUUUUUCAACUAAGCUCGAUUCCCAUAAUGAUCCAGAAAACAAAUUCGUUAAAGCUGCGAGAGACGUUUUUACUAGGAACCUUAGCUGGAGAUUCGUUCUUUUCUUUUUGUUCCCUCAAUUGAUGAAAUGGCUUGGUAUCAGUAUUUUCUCACCAAAAGGAAUGCGUUUUUUCCAAGAUGUCACACUCCAAAUCAUAGAAGAGAGGAAGAGAACCGGAAAGAAAAGGAAUGACUUUCUACAACUGUUGAUGGAUACUGCAGAUGAAGUACAGGAACAAGAUAAACAAGAAGUUGAGAAAGAGGAUUUGACAGAAAAUUAUGGAAAAGAUGAUACCCAACAUCAGAUUUUUAAGAGUGUCACCAAGAAGUCUCUUUCUUACGACGAACUCAUAGCAAAUUGCGUUGUUUUCUUCCUUGCUGGAUAUGACACCACGGCCUCUACUUUAUCUUUCGCCAGCUACUUACUAGCUAUCAACCCAGACGUCCAAGAAAGGUUAAUUGCUGAAAUAGACGAAGCAUUAAAAACCUCUAAUGGGGAAAUUACUUAUGAAUCUAUCCAAGAAAUGAAAUGUUUGGACAAUGUGAUUUCAGAAACUUUGAGGCUAUAUUCACCAGCUGUGAGGUUGGAAAGACUUGCAGAACAAGACUACGUUCUUGGAGAUACAGGAAUAACCAUACCGAAAGAUAUGAUAGUCACCAUUCCUACUUCUGCCAUGCACAUGGAUCCGGAGUUUUUUCCAAAUCCUGAGAAAUUUGAUCCUGAUAGAUUUAGUGCCGAGGAAAGAGCCAAGAGAGACCAGUAUACAUACAUGCCUUUUGGAUCCGGACCCAGAAACUGCAUCGGCAUGCGAUUCGCCCUCAUGGAAAUCAAGGUGUGCCUCGCGUAUAUCCUCAGCAAUUUCAGAAUAAAGAAAUGUCCACAAACUCAGGUACCUCUGGAAUUUUAUGUUGGACAGCAGCUUCUGCAGCCUAAGAACGUUUCUGUUCAGAUGGAAAUCAUGAAAGACGGCAUCAGAAUGGUGAAAAUUUUCAAAGAAUGUGCAAGAACAUGUGUUGAAAACUUCAAAGUUUACGCGGAACAAGGAAAACCGGUUGACUUAAAAAGGAUUUAUGGUGCUUUUACAAUGGACAUCAUUGCAAGUUCUGCAUUUUCAACAAAGCUGGAUUCCCAUAACGACCCAGAAAACAAAUUCGUCAAAGCUGCAAGAGAUGUUUUUACUAGGAACAUAAGCUGGAGAUUAGUUCUUUUCCUUUUGUUCCCUCAAUUGAUGAAAUGGUUUAGAAUCAGUAUUUUUCCACCCAAAGGAAUGCGUUUUUUCAAGGAUGUCACGUACGAAAUCAUAAAAGAGAGGAAGAGAACUGGAAAGAAAAGAAAUGACUUUCUGCAACUGUUGAUGGACACUGCAGAUGAAGUAGAAGAACAAGAUAAACAGGAAGUUGAUAAAGAGGAUUUGACAGAAAACUAUGGCAAAGAUGAUACCAACCAUCAAAUUUUUAAGGGCGUCGCUAAGAAGUCUCUUUCUUACGACGAACUCAUAGCAAACUGUGUUAUUUUCUUCCUUGCUGGAUAUGACACCACGGCCUCUACAUUAUCUUUCGCAAGCUACUUAUUGGCUAUCAAUCCAGAUGUCCAAGAAAGGUUGAUUGCUGAAAUAGACGAAGCAUUAAAAGCCUCUAAUGGGGAAAUUACUUAUGAAUCUAUUCAAGAAAUGAAAUGUUUGGACAACGUGAUUUCUGAAACUUUGAGGCUAUACCCACCAGCUGUAAGGUUGGAAAGACUUGCAGAACAAGACUAUGUCCUAGGAGAUACAGGAAUAACCAUACCGAAAGAUAUGAUUGUCACCAUUCCUUCUUGCGCCAUGCACAUGGAUCCAGAGUUUUUUCCUAAUCCUGAGAAAUUUGAUCCUGAUCGAUUCAGUGCGGAACAGAGGGCCAAGAGGGACCAGUAUACAUACUUGCCUUUUGGAUCCGGGCCCAGGAACUGCGUCGGCAUGCGAUUUGCCCUCAUGGAAAUCAAGGUGUGCCUCGCGUAUAUCCUCAGCAACUUCAGAUUAAAGAAGUGUCCACAAACUCAGGUGCCUCUGCAAUUUUACAUUGGACAGCAGCUUAUGCAGCCUAAGAAUGUAUCUAUUCAGAUGGAAAUUAGGAAGGACGGUAUCAGAGCGCGAUAGAGCUCACUCUU